CGGAAAUGCGCCAGUGCGUCGCGUGCGUGUCCCACGAAGAAGAAAAGCAGGAAGCUCCUUUAUACAUACCGCAGUCGUGCCUGGAACAAAUCAGACCGGUCGUUGUGACGGAAACAUGGCGGCCUUCAGUAAAUAUAUUACAGCGAAAAACUCAUCCAUAGCAGGUGGUGUUUUGCUUGUAUUAUAUCUGCUGAAGCAAAGAAGUCGCGCCUCCAAACAACACAGCACAAAAGGGAACUCACAACUUGUGCUGAACACAGAGAAAGAUGGAAAGAAAGACAAGGCAGCUGUGGACAAGGUCUUCUUCCUCAGGAUCCUUCGGAUUGUGGGCAUCAUGGUGCCACGCUUCUUCUGCAUGGAGACCGCCUACCUUAUCCUUAUCGCCACCAUGUUGGUGACCAGAACCUACUGUGAUGUGUGGAUGAUCCAGAAUGGCACCAUGAUUGAAAGUGCAAUUAUUGGUCGCUCGACUAAAGAUUUCAAGAUCUUCUUGUUCAGCUUUAUCAAAUUCAUGCCAUUUAUAGCUUUGGUGAACAACUUCCUGAAAUUGGGCCUGAAUGAGCUAAAACUUAGGUUCCGUGAGAGACUCACAAAGAAGCUGUAUGACCAGUACCUGGAAGGUUUUACAUACUACAAAAUGGGCAACCUGGACAACCGGAUAGCAAACGCAGAUCAGUUACUGACGCAAGACGUUGAGAAAUUCUGCAACAGUGUGGUCGAUCUCUACUCCAACCUCAGCAAGCCUCUGUUAGAUAUUGGUCUGUACAUCUUUAAGCUGACAAGUGCCAUCGGUGCUCAGGGCCCAGCCAUCAUGAUGGCCUACCUGCUGAUCUCAGGCCUGUUCUUGACUAGACUAAGGCGACCCAUCGGCAAGAUGACCGUCUCCGAGCAGCGCUAUGAGGGAGAGUACCGCUACGUCAACUCUCGCCUCAUCACCAACAGUGAGGAGAUUGCCUUCUACAACGGGAACAUGAGGGAAAAACAGACCAUUCACGCCACCUUCAAGAAACUGGUUGACCACCUUCAUAACUUCAUUUUCUUCCGCUUUUCCAUGGGAUUUGUAGACAGCAUAAUUGCAAAGUAUAUUGCCACCGUGGUGGGGUACCUGGUGGUCAGCCGGCCAUUUCUCAAUCUAUCUGAUCCCAGGCACCUGCACAGCACCCAUUCUGAGCUGCUAGAGGACUACUACCAGAGUGGGAGGAUGCUCCUGAGAAUGUCCCAGGCCCUUGGCAGGAUUGUUCUGGCUGGCAGGGAGAUGACCCGUCUCUCUGGAUUUACGUCUAGAAUCACUGAACUCAUGGGGGUUCUCAAGGAUCUCAAUUCUGGCAGAUACGAACGCACCAUGGUUUCCCAGCAUGAGAGGGAAGCUGACGCAGCAGAGAAAAUCACCCUGGUACCCGGAAGUGGCCUAAUCAUCAACAAAGAUCAUAUCAUCAAAUUUGACGACACUCCACUAGCAACACCCAACGGAGACAUCCUGAUCAAAAACCUCUCAUUUGAGGUGAAGUCUGGCACCAAUGUUCUCGUGUGUGGACCAAACGGCUGUGGAAAGAGCUCUUUGUUUCGAGUGCUUGGAGAGUUAUGGCCUCUUUUUGGUGGAUGUCUGACUAAACCUGAGAGAGGAAAGCUCUUCUACGUCCCACAGAGACCCUACAUGACGCUGGGCUCUCUGCGGGACCAGGUCAUCUACCCGGACACGGUGGACGACCAGAGGCGGAAAGGCAUCUCUGACCAGGUGGGGCAGAGCAGCAGAAACAGUCCCGUGCUGAAGGAAUACCUGGACAACGUCCAGCUGGGCCACAUCCUGGACAGAGAGGGCAGCUGGGACACCGUCCAGGACUGGAUGGACGUUCUGAGUGGAGGGGAGAAGCAGAGGAUGGCUAUGGCCCGGUUGUUCUACCACAAGCCCCAGUUCGCCAUUUUGGACGAGUGUACCAGCGCAGUGAGUGUUGACGUGGAGGACUACAUCUACAGCCACUGCAGAACAGUGGGCAUCAGCUUGUUCACAGUGUCCCACAGAAAGUCCCUGUGGAAGCACCAUGAGUAUUAUCUCCACAUGGACGGAAGAGGAAACUAUGAGUUCAAGGCCAUCACAGACGAAACGGUGGAGUUUGGCUCCUAACUGGCUCCUGAAACCAGCCGGCCACGCAGUGCUCUUCUAAUCCAGUCCAAUAAUUCUUUGCACUCAGCAAAAAAAAUGAAAAACACUAACUAAAACAAGAAAGCUGUUUUUAAUCCUUUGUAAAUUAGUCUUGCAUUAUAUUUUAUUUGGACGAAUCACGUUAGUCCUGUUGAGUCUUUCUAAAUCUCAAAGAUGUUUAGUUCGCGUGCAUCUAGGGAUGGAUGACAUGUGUUCCGUGUUUUGUUAUCAUUUGCAAAAGAAAUCGUCAUUCAUCAAGCAUUUUCGCAUAACAGGUAACAAUCCUGACUGCCAUGCAGGUCCCCUUGAAUGUCAAAGUCUCUACAGAAGCAUUUUUGGGUCUUUUUUAAAAGUUAUUUCUUGCGUAUCAUCACAGUUGCGUAAUAUCAUCAGCCUGCUUUGAUCGGGGUUGUUGCCAUAACUUUUGUUACAUUCAUAACACCCUAACAUGGAAUGUUAAACAGACACAACCAGUAAAGACUCUUAAACUACAGCUUUUCACUUAGCAUGGAUUGUUUUUCAGAGUUCUAGACAGUGCUGUUUAACAUAUUUCUCCUAAGUGCCCACUUUUCCGCCCUCUGGUCACAAACAGUAGAUGAUAUCAGCUUUAUGCUCAUUAACUACAUUUCGGCUUAUCAACCACUGGAAAUAUGUUCCUAAAGCCCUGUAAGGUCUGAUCAAAUUGACUCUGAUGACCAUUUGUGUGUGCCAGGAACCUUUCCUAAUAAGCAUACACAGAAUUUUUAGUUUGUGUUAGAGUGAAUUUUACCAUCCGUUAAAAUACAGCCAAUGAUUUUGAAUAGCUCCACUUUAAUUUCAACUAUUGUAUGGGCUCCACUUUCUAAUUGUAGUUCCAUAAAUUUAAAGGCUUUCACUAUUGGGUGGGGAGGGGGGAGUCAGAUUAUUCAUUAUUUAGAUUUACCUGUCCAUUAACACCAUUAAGGGUCUUUCUACCCGUUUGCCUUUCAUGUCAUCACUGUGUGAGAAUAGCUCUAAUAUGACGGUUAUUAAGAAGUCCAGUUAUCAAGGAGACAAAAGCAUUUCUAGUUUCUAAAGUUGUUUGGAAAUGUCAUAGUUAUGUUGCUAAUAUUACAAAGGUUAAUAUUUGAUUUUCAGACGUGUAACGUUUGGGCUUCAAGUCUGAGAUGCAGUGACGUUACUGGUGUAUAAAUGUGUAAACAUAUUUUAUCAGACCAUUCACGAUUAAUCAACUUCGUCACUCAUUUACUUGAAAUUGUAAAAAAAAAAGAGAAAAAUAAUCUUAACUGUACUUGUUUUCUUUCUUUGUAUAAUGAUGCUGUUCUGAUCUAACAUUAAAGAAAUUGUAGA